AUGAAAGACGAGCAGCAGCAGGAUGAUGCUAUCAGGGGCCUGGCGGAGACCUUGCGCGAGAUGAUCUGUGUCGCUAAUGAUUCGCCCGACUUACUCACCAUUGACGGAACUGAGAAUGUCAUCGAAGCCAUUGGGCGCGCAUCGUUGCAAGUUUCCUCUGUGAUAGACGAAUAUGCACGUCUGCCUUUCAUAGGGGAAGCCGUGUACAAGUGGCUGGAUGCACCGGAUCCAUCCGCUAACCACGACAACGCUCGAAAGGAGCACAAGGCAGGAACAUGUUCCUGGUUCUUGACUGGAGCCCAAUAUAUGGAAUGGAAACAUCGUGGUGACUCGUAUCUAUGGGUGUAUGGAAUCCCUGGGUGCGGAAAGACCAUCUUGUGCUCGACAGCCAUCGAAGACGUCGCAGAUUAUUGCAGGGGUGACCCAUCUCGGGCGUUCGCGUACUUUUACUUUGAUUCCCGGGACUCGCAGGAGCAACUCCAAUUACAUGAAGGCCUGAUACGUUCCCUGAUCAAGCAGCUCUUGGUCCAAUGUCGUAUAAUCCCUGAUGAGUUGGAUGCAAUGUGCGUUAGUGGGCGUAGACAUCUCUCCGCAGACAUGCUACGGACGGCUCUCUCGCUCGCGCUCAAAAACUUUCAGGACGUCUACCUGCUUGUCGAUUCCAUGGAUGAAUGCUCUGAGAUGAAAGAACUUUUAGGUUGGAUAAAGGAGAUAAAAGGCUCUAAGACAGGAAACCUGCACCUUUUGGCUACUAGUCGACCCGAGCACAUCAUCAAGGAAUGCAUGGAGUCACUCGAGAUAGGUCAAGUAUGUCUGGAAGGCGACGACGUCAACCGAGACAUUGAAAGCUACGUAGACGAUCUGCUUCAAGAGAGCGAGAAGCUGAAAAAAUGGAGCGAAGAGAUCAGGCAGAAACUCAUGACAAAUGCAGCAGGAAUGUUCAGAUUGAUCUCGCUUCAAUUGCGGGAGCUGCAAACCUGUCGUACUCAGCAGCAGAUGAAAAGGCAGCUGGACACUCUGCCCAAGGAUCUAUUUGGGAUAUAUGAACGUGUCCUGUCGAGGCUCGGUGACAGAGACCGCCAGGAUGCUCUCAAAAUCCUUCAAUGGCUUGCCUACUCUGCUCGUCCACUACAGCUAGACGAACUGUCUGAGGUGUUCAGCAUCGACUUUGACGCGCUAGAUGGGCCUCGUUUCGACGCCGACUGUCGAUAUACAGACCCAAAGGAGAUAUUCGACCAUGUGUGCCCUUCGAGUCUGGCCACGGAAUCGGAAGGGAUUGUCAAGCUAGCUCACUUGACCGUCAAGGAGUUUUUGGUCUCCAUGCCUGAAGCGUCUCCAUUCUAUAUAAGCGCCUCGGCGGCUCACUCGUUGAUAUCCAAGACAUGUCUGGUAUACCUCAUGAAAAUAGGCACCCUCGAUACCAUCGACGACGCCACUACUGCCGAAUACCCUCUCAUCGAAUAUGCUGCACAACACUGGCCGUUUCACGUUCAUGCACAGACCGAUGGCGAGUUAGGUGACUUACAGAACUUGUUGCUUCAGCUCUUCCAGACCGAUGCCGCCCUGGCGGCGUGGAUCAGCCAUUCGGAUUCAGACGAGUCUUCCUUUCUCAUACCUGGAGACCCCCAGGAGCUUCCCGAGCCUCUCGCUUCAGCGCUUUACUAUGCAUCGUCCACUGGCCUUCAGCGUACAUCGUUGACCUUGAUGGAGCUGGGAGCGGAUCCGAAUGCUCAAGGAGGAUACUGUGGGAAUGCUCUUCAGGCUGCAUGUGAGGGUGGGCACAAGGCAGUCGUGAAGUUACUUCUCGAGAAGGGCGCGGAUCCAAAUGCAAAGGGAGGGGGGUACGGCACGGCACUCCAGGCGGCGUGUUUCCACAACUUUGAGGAGAUAGUCAAGCUUUUAUUGGAUAGUGGGGCUAUUGCUAACCCUCGUGCGUUGGAGACGUCUGCAUAUAGGGGGUCCGAGGCCAACGUGAAACUCCUGUUGGCCAAGGGAGCCGACCCCAACACCAGGGUAGCGGAAAGUCUAUACGGCCACGCGCUCCACGCAGCAUGCGCUGAAGAUUUCGAGCCCGUUGUGAAGCUCUUGCUAGAGAACGGAGCUGACCCCAAUGCUACUGGAGGGACUGCUCUAGAGGCAGCGUGUUGUAUAGGCUCUGAGCCCAUCGUCAGGCUCCUGCUUGCCAAAGGAGCAGAUCCCAAUGUGCACGUGGCCACAGUUUACGACAAUGCACUUCAGGCUGCGACUGUCCAUGGAUCGGUGGCCGUCGUGCGGCUCCUGCUAGAGAACGGAGCAGAUCCGAAUCUGCAGGGAGGGGAGUUCGGCCACGCACUGCAGGCGGCAUGUUUCCACAGCUUUGAGGCCAUCGUGAGGCUACUGCUGGAGCACGGAGCCGAUCCGAUGGCCAUGGGGGGAACUGCAUUGGAGACGGCAUCCUUCAUGGGCUCGAUAGCAAACGUGAGGCUCUUACUCGCCAAGGGAGCUGACCCCAAUGCGCGGGUGAACACGGACUACGAAUACGCACUACAGGCGGCGUCCGUGAAUGGACACGCGGCUAUCGUGAAGUUGCUUCUCGAGAAGGGGGCAGAUCCCAACGCUAGAGGGGAGGCCUAUGGCACUGCACUGGAAGUAGCAUGCAUGAAUGGACAUGUCGUCGUCGUACGUACACUGCUGGAAGGCGGGGCCAACCCAGAUGCUCAGGGCGGGAUGUUUGGCACAACGCUCCAGGCAGCGUCAUGGGGUGGUUCUGAGGACCUGGUGGCGCUCCUCCUUGAGAGAGGUGCAGGUCCCAAUGUCCUGGAAGGAAGCUACGGGAGUGCGCUUCUGGCAGCGGUCUGGAGACGCUCCGAGACGCUCGUCGAUAUGCUACUUGCGAAGGGAGCAGACCUUGCUUCGCAAGGUGGAGACGCAUUGGAGGCUGCGUCUUGGAAGGGUUUCCUUCCCCUGGUCACCAUGCUGCUCGACAGGGGUGUCGAUCCGAAUACGCGGGGAGGAUACUACGGGAACGCUCUGCAGGCAGCGUCGGCCAUGGGCCACGAGGCUAUCGUCGAACUUCUGCUUGACCGCGGUGCAGAUCCAAACGAAGAAGGAACAUAUGGGACCGCAUACCAGGCGGCGUCCAAGACCGGUCACCAGUCCAUCGCGCAGUUGCUGCUCGAGCACAGCGCCACUCGGCCUAACAUCGCUGUCCUGGAGUCUCAUCAGUGA